GUAAAUUCCCUAUACAUACCAUACUACACUACUUACACCACCGAAAUAAAAAAUAAAUUGAAACAUUUAAAUAUUUGGGUGUACACGAAUAUCAAUUUGAUUCUUUUAAUGGCUCAACCCCUAGCAUCGAUGACUAGAUACAAACCCAAAACUUGCCUUUCAGACGAUAACCUGCCGGUCCACUACGUCAAAAGCAUGCAAGAGUGUUUCCAAAACAUCAACAUAAACUUCAGGUUCCAAAAUCUGCGAGCAACAAUGGUUGGUUCAUACAACAAUGAAAUUUACGUACGACAUAAAAUAUUAUGCAAAGGAGAGCCCAAUAUCAGUAAAGCAUGCUUUGGUAUGCUUGGAUGAAAACUAAUAAAAACGUAAGUUGACCAAUGCUGGAGACGCAUCAAAGAAUCGUUUCACAUUGUUGAAGUAACCAAACUACCAUGCUAUUCAAAACUUUUAGGAAUACAAAAUCAAUGAUUAUAUACCGCCACAACAACAUUAAAAAGCAUAUGCGACACUUACUAUAUAAUAUAUACAUAUAAAAAUUGUUUACCUAAUUAAAGGAGUAGAUGUAAAGUAUUAUCGCCAUAUAUGUGUCGAAAAUAAAAAAAUGAAUUCAAAGUAAAAAAAGUCUAGCAUAAUCCCAUAAUCGAAAGAAAAUUAAAUUAAAUAGUUGUAUAGUGUUUUCUAAAAAAGGGUUGUAUAGUGCAAAAAAACACCACACUAUACAACAAUCAUACGAGGAACAAAUAAGAUCUAACAUGAUAAUAGAUAACUUAACAUAAGACAACAAACUAAAAUAGUUAUUCCACUAAAAUAAAAACCUCCAUUCAGACAAUCAUAACUAUUGUAUGCGAAAUUUAGUCAACAAUGACUUUGAUGCUCAAUCUUCUAAUAAUAAGCAAAAGAAAUUAUGGAUACGAUAAAUAACAAAGAAUAUAUAUAUAUAUAUAUAAACCAAAUUCUUAAAGCUGAAAAUAAUUAUAAAAAAUAUCAUUUAACAAAUAUAAAACACACUCAGUGAAAAUAUACAGUAAUAUAGUUAUAUACAUCACACGUCAAGUAUAUCCCGCGCGUAGCGCGGACCGACCCUAGUAUGCCAUAAACACAUGAUUUCAUCCGUAUUCAAUUGAGAAAAACAUAAGGGGUUAUUCAAAAGAAUAACAUCUAGCUAAUUGCAUACUCUAAUAUAUUAAUAUGGAACUACCAAAGGAGUCAAUCCUGUCUGCUCCGCCGCAACCAUCUCGGACGUCGUUUUCAUCACUACCAGAGGACAUCGUUUUGAGUAUAUUGGCUCGCAUAUCGACAUCGCAUUACCCUAAACUCUCUUCUGUCAGCAAGAGCUUCCACGCGCUCAUACCCUCGAAGGACCUCAAGCAUGCGCGAUCCCGCCAUGAAACAAGAGAAAAUCGUGUUUUUGUCUGCCUACAAUCGCACAUCCAUCCGUGUAACCACAGAUGGUUCAGUCUGUGGAUAAAACCUGAUGAUCAUCAAACCCUAACGCAUCCGUGUAACGAUAGAUGGGUCGGUUUCUGGACAGACCCUGACCAGCAUCAAACCCUAGCAUGUUGCGUGAGCGAAGACAAAACUACCAGAAAUUUGCUGGUACCAGUUCCGUCUUCUUAUUCUACCUACUUACCAAAGCUCUAUGAAAUGGCUGGUUCAGAUAUAUAUGCAAUAGGUGGCGGACUAAAUCCAUCGUCCUCUACCACAGUGCGGGUCUGUAAGGAGAUAGGUAAAUGGCGUGAAGCCCCUAGCAUGAUGGUUGCUCGUAAGAAUGCCUUUACAUGCUCCGUCAAUGGGAAAAUAUAUGUAAUUGGAGGAUGUGAAUCAGGUGAAUCUGAGUGUUGGGCUGAGGUUUUCGACCCAAAAACUCAAACAUGGGAACCUUUACCGGAUCCUGGCACUAGGCUCCGGUUCUCUUCCAUUAAAAAUCUCGACCCCCACUCAGAUAGAAUUUACUUGAGGACCAAUGAAAAGAACUUUGCUUACCUUAUAGAAGAAAAUAGGUGGGAAGUUGUUGAUGAAAACAUUGGGGAGAGUGAAUGUAAGGUAGAGAAUACUUGGUACAGUUAUGCUGAUGAUGGCUUACACUGGUGGCAUGACACAGAGUAUUGUCAAGAAUGGAGAUUGGUCAAAGGUUUGACGGAGCUUGAUGUGCAUUUUAGAAGAGGAUAUGGAAUGGAAAUAGUUAGUUAUGGUAGAAAACUCGUUAUCUUUUGGGUUGGUUUGACAGAAAUGUUAGAUGAUUUUCCUCUUAGCCUACCACCAUCUGAAGUUUUCUUUUCUGAAAUUUGGUGUGCUGUGGUUUUGCUUGAAAGACGUCAUGAUGAUGAAAUUUGGGGUCAGAUUGAAUGGGUUGAUCUUGUGCUUAGAGUCCCUUGGUCACAAACACUUUUGCGCUGUGUGGAGCUAAUUCAAUGAUCGACAAUAUGCUUUUGCUUAGGGGCUCUUAUUAAUUAAAAGAUAUGCUGUUUUUUUUUUUGUUUUUGUUCUCUUUUUAACUUAGAUUUGUUUUACAACAGUUCAUGUACUGUUUUUUCUUUUUUUUUUCUUUUUGUGGUCAGGAUCUCUUUUACAACAGUUCAUGUACAUACAUAUAUUGAACUUAAAAUAUACCAAUGGAAUGUAUAAAUGUUAUUCGGACAAGUCAUAAAUACAUGAACCAUAUCAAAUAGUUUCUCAGAAAAAGAAAAAAAAAGACA